ACACAGUUUCUAAACAGCAACAAACACUUUCACAAAAAGCUUGAAUUGUCGUUUCAUAUUUUACGCAUUUGAAGAAAAGAAAAAUGGCGUCUAACCAACAAAGCUACAAAGCUGGUGAAACCAGAGGAAAGACUCAGGAGAAGGCUGGACAAGCUAUGGGAACGAUGAGGGACAAGGCUGAGGAAGGUAGGGACAAGGCUCGUGAUACCACCCAAGCAGCAAAAGACAAGACUUCUCAAACAGCCCAAACGGCUCAACAAAAGGCCCAUGAGACAGCCCAGUCAGCGAAAGACAAGACAUCUCAAACUGCACAGACGGCCCAACAAAAGGCUCAUGAUACGACCCAAUCAGCAAAAGACAAGACCUCUCAAGCUGCCCAGACGGCUCAAGACAAAGCACGUGAGUCUAAGGACAAGACCGGGAGCUACAUGUCCGAGACAGGAGAAGUCAUAAAGAACAAAGCUCAAGGCGCUGCACAGUACACAAAGGAGACGGCUGAAGGGGCGGCUCAGUACACGAAGGAAACGGCUGAAGCCGGUAGAGACAAGACCGGUGGGUUCUUAAGCCAGACCGGUGAACAUGUGAAGCAAGCGGCUAUGGGUGCAGCUGAUGCGCUAAAGCAUACUUUUGGUAUUGCUACGGAGGAAGAUGACAGGGAACAUUUUCAGGGUACUACUACGACCACUACUGGUACUACUCGGACCACUGAUCCGACUCAUCAGACUUAUCAGAGGAAGUGAGGAUAAUAAAAGAACUAUGAAUGCGUCUUUCUCUCUUUCGUCUCUGUGAUGUUUGUUUGGUCUUUUCAAUUUCUGUGUCUUUUGUGUUUGUAAUUUCCAUUGUGUCUUGUGUUUUGUGAUUCCGUUGUGUUUCUUGUGACGGUUGAUCCUGGAGACUUCUAAUUUCCAGCUCAAUAAGUUUAGAUUCGAUCCCGUCACAACUUUUGUAUUGUCCAAUUUGUAUUUGUGUUAUAAUAAACAGCUCUGGUUCCAUACCACGUUCUACUUAAUUUAUAGAAAUGAUUUCAAACAUCA